UUGGAUGAAAAAAUUUCAACAAUUGAAUUUAAUCAGCAUUGAAUCUAACAAGCUGGUAACAUCGGUUGUUUUCUUGUGUGGAAGAAUUAAAAUUCUUCCCUUAUCACAUUUAUCAUUAGUCAUCUUCGUACUUAAUUCAAUGAGCAUUUGAAAAGAGAUGGGGCCUCGUACAACAGACAAUGCCUCUAAGAAUGAAAAAGCUGCCAUGAGUGGAAGCUGUGUUGGUCCAGCAAAACCGCGGCUAAGGAGCAGCAGCGAUGGAAACAUUUACACUAGAAGAACAGCAAGUGGCCGCAGUUCCUUCUCCUCCCUGACACUCUCCAGCCCUAAAUCAGUCCUGAAAAGACCAGUCAGCACAGAGGAACUUAUAUCACCAGGAGGCCCCUACAUCAAGAAAACAUUUACAAUUGUGGGGGAUGCUGUGGGCUGGGGCUUCGUGGUCAGAGGAAAGCAACCGUGCUACAUUCAAGCUGUGGAGCCUUUUGGUCCAGCCGCUGCUGCUGGGAUGAAGGUACGGCAGUUUGUCAUCUCUGUGAAUGGUCUCAAUGUUCUGGAUUUGGACUACCGGACAGUCAGCCACCUGAUCAUGACCGGACCCAGAACUGUGGUGAUGGAGGUGAUGGAGGAAACGGACCAAAUGGGAGAAAUCAAGUUGAAUAAUAGUUUUUAGAAGUUUUUUUGUUACGAUAUAAAUUAAUCUAAUGUUCAUAUUCUGAAAAUGUUAUGUGGUUAGAAAAGGACCAAAGGGCAGAGACCCGCUGUGGUCAAAAAGUGAAAAAAGAAAAAGCUUCAGUGGGAUAUGAAGCACAAGCAGUGUUAGGCAGGAGGGAUCCAGCAUGAUAAGAUAGAAGCUUAAAUACUAAGGCAAGGAUGGAAAAAUUAAAUCUAGCUAAACAGUGGAGAUGUCAAACAGUUGAGGCAGAAGGAAAGCAGGGAAACUCUGGAGGAAGGUUAAUUUUAAUUUAUAUAAAUGGAGCUAAACUAACGCACAAAUCUUUAUUUGCAGGAACAGUGUCAUUGCAACCUACUAAAUAUUCAGAACAGUUUUUUUUUUUAUGGUAGAGGAGAUUAAAGUUAACAGAAACAACUAAAAGACUGAAUAAUAUUGGUCAUAAUUUAAACAAACAGCCAGUUCAUUGUUAUUUAUGGUUUCAAGAAGAUAAGGGUUAUAAGAUUUAGCCUUCAAAUGGUUUUGAAAGGAUAU